AUGCGUAUCCCAUUCAUAGUCUUGGGGCUGCUGCUGGUGACUACGGUAUUUGCCAAUGACUCGACUCGCGUUUUCAUCGGAGAGCUCUUCGAGCACAACCUCGGCGACAACUUCACUGUGGCAUCUGGAAAAAACAAUCGCCCGCUUCCCUCUUGGCUUAUGAUCCGCGAUCAGAUUCUUACUGGUAUCCCGACCGAGAACGAUGUUGGCAAGCACACUGUUAUGGUGAGUCAGAAGAUCACAUCGAGGAGACGCAAGCCCACUUACCUGUACCUGAAUGUCGAGGAGGAGGUUAUCAGCCCAUGUGGAACCAUAAACAACACCUUCUGGAUGGAGACUUAUCAUGAGCAGGAAGCAACUCUCGCCAACCGUAUUGAGACUGCUUUAGCUAUGAACGAGCUGGAAUUGGAUCCAAAUGUGAAGACCGUCCGUGUCUACUCGUACAACUUCAGUUUGAUCAACCGUAAUCUCGAGGAAAUCGGUCAGGAAGCAGUUAAUGGAAAUUACAUGGCUAUCUGGAGAGUGGCUUGUGAGGAUUUCGACGAGGCUGUCAACUACAUGGACGAAUUUGUCGAUCGGGAGGAUGUCGACUACGACUCUCUCAAGCUCGCUAAGGGAUUCUUCAAGAAAGGAGUCGCUCCAACCCCAACUCCAGAGCCUGUCGAGGAGGAUGAGACCACCACCGAGUACCUUCGUACAACCACUGAGUUGAUCCGUACCACCAGAAGAGUAUUUAAUGACAACAAGCCAAUUCUUCUGAACCGACUUCCAUCGUUUGUAUGCACUAGAGGAGAAAUCUGUGAACUCCGCGUGCCAGCUGAAACCUUCAAAGAUGCCGAGGACGGUGACACCUUCAAGAUGAAGCUCACUGUGCUUGCUUUGGACAACGCCGAGGUCUGGAUGAUCAACGAGGCUAACAAGGGACUGAUCGGAAUCCCAAUGCGCACUGGAGAGUUCAACUAUCGUCUCGAGGCUCGUGAUAAAGCUGGACAACUCGCUUCUGCUCCAUUCCAAAUCAAUGUGAAGCCAGCUCUCCCAACCAACCACCGCGUCGAGCUCGAAAUGGACAUGCCAACUCCACAGCAGAUGGCAACGAACCCAGCCAAGAGAAACUUGUUGAUGCGCGCCCUUGCCAGAUCCCUCAAAGCUCCAAUCAACACCUUCACCAUUCAGGAGAUUGGAUCCAAGAACAACAAGACCAUGGUGGCUUUCAGUAACAACUCCAUUCCAUACAAGGUCUGUGAUAAGGUUGCUCUGGAUGCGAUGGCUUCCAAGAUGAUCAUGAAACAGAAAAUGAGAACCAAGACCGAGUUUGUGAAGACUAUGGGAAAUCAGUUCUACGUCCGUCGUGCCACAAUGAUUCGUCACGGAAACUGCGAUGAGACUGUCGAGAUCAGCACCACAGCCCCAACCAUCCAAUCCAUGCAAGAAGCCGACUCUCAGCUCCUUCUCAUCUGCAUCUUGCUAUUCCUUCUUCUGGCCAUCGCCGUCGCCAUCAUCAUCUACUGCGCGUGCAUCAAGAAGAGCGGAAAAAAGAAGUCUCCAAGCACGGAGUACGUCUCCAAGGGACUUCCAGUUGUCUUCCCAGAUGAGGUUGAGGAGAACGACCCGACCAACGCUGGAACUCCAAUGUUGGCUCGUGAGGAGCGCCCGCCAUUGAAGGUCUCGCAGCACGAGAACCCAUUAUACAAGCCACCGCCACCAAUCGCCAGCAACUCGCCACGUCUCGGACACGCUUCCUCCUCUUCCAACCAGAGACUUCAAUCGCCAUUCAUCCCUCCCUAA